AUGCGAAAACCCCGUCUGCAUCCGGCUCACGCAACCUCGUCCGAAUCGGUUCCAGCCCAUCGCACAGCCCACCGACAUGCUUUGCCUGUCCAACCUUCGCAGGGAACGACGACGACGUGCCAGCGCCGCAGUCUGGCUUCCAGCGACAGCCAACGCUCGCUCACCACCGUGGCGUCGACUCCGUCACACACGGCCCAUAGGCUGCCUCCGAUAAUGACACGGCCAGCCCGCCCAGCCCGCUCACGGCGGCGGCAGCUCGAUGACCUCUUGUCCGCAUCUGCUUUCCUCGUCUACGCAUUAAUAGCCCUCUUUCUCGCUGCCGUCCCCGUCUCGGCCGUCCGUGUCCCCUUCACCAACUGCCUCGAUGAAAAGUACAUUACCGACGGAAAGCUCCAAUGGAAACCCGUCUACGCCGACGCCAGCUUCGACACUACCGACCCCACACAUGAGCUCAAGGUUGUCGUUUGGGGCAAUGUGACGGGCUUCCAGGACCCCAAAAAUCUUCCACCUUCGGCUCAAGAUGACCCCAACCGUCUCUACUGGAAAGACAAUGGCAAGACAAACGGCAAAAUUACUCAGACUGGUGACACUGGCAAGGCCACGACCCUCUACCGCAGAGUCAAUGUCCUCACUUAUAGGCCGGUAAACGAGCGCGUCAACUUUUGCACAGAAGCUCUUGACGGCGGUCAAUGCCCUCUAGGCCCCUUCUUGAACACUUCGAGAGUCGACUUCCCCGACGACCUUUUCACCCGUCCCCGCAGCCUUUCCUCCUUCUCCUCCAUGAACCUAACUCACCAAUUCGGCUCCUCGUACUCAUUCUCCUCCUUCUCUUCCACACUUCUCCUGCUUUCCAGUGAUGAGGCCGCCACCAACAUUGGCUGCAUCUCAUCCAUCAUCACUCCGGAUCUCGGCUCUAAUCGCAACGUCGUCAAGUUCUUUCCUCUCGUUAUCCUCAUCGUCUGCGGCUUCGCCGUUAUUUUUGCUGGCAAUUUCAGCCCGUGGGGCUCCACCGACAUCUUUCAAUGGUCCUCCAACUACGGUCGUGAUGCUGACCAGCUGAGAUUGGUUACCCCGGGUUUUGGCGACUGUCUGCAGUACAUUCAGUUUGCCGUCUUGACUGGUGCUCUGAGCAUUGAUUAUCCUGGUUUCUACCAGCCCAUCGCCAGUCAGGCUGCUUGGUCAACCAUCAUGUUCAAUGAGAGCUUCGUCACAAACAAGCCUGGCUGGCGCAACGUUGUCGAUGGCGUCUAUGUCACAGAUCUUGGCAACAAAUAUGGCCUGCAGCACAUGGGUCAGCUCGUCGGCAUGGCUGAUCAUCAGGAUAUUUGGGCUGGCAUGAUGGUCUGGCUCUGCGUCGUCAUCCUUGCUGCCUUUAUCGUCGUCCAGCUUGGCUUCCUCAUCCAGUGGGUUUACCGUCGUUCGACCAAGACCGCAGAGGAGGACUUGCGCGCCAAAAAUAUACCCUUUUCCAUCGGCAACGUCGUCCGCAUUCUCUACAAUUACAUGCUGAUGCCCAUUGUUGCCUUUUCUGCCUACCAACUCGUCAUCGCUCGCUCGGCCCCAAUCUACUGCGUCGUGCUAGCCUGCAUCACUCUGGUAGUGCUGGUCGCCUUUGCUACCUACUUGCUCUACUUGAUUGUCACCAUGAGACCCAAGUCUGUUCUGUUUGACGAUUUACCCAUGGUACUACGCUUCGGUCCUCUCUACAAUACGUAUUCUGAUGGAGCUGCCACCUUUGCUUUCAUCCCACUUGUUCUGCAAUUUUGCCGUGGUCUGGCCAUCGGUGCCGUUCAGCCGAGCGGCUUGGCUCAAAUUGUCAUUCUGGCUAUUUGUGAAGUCAUUCACAUCUUUACCCUCAACGCCGUGAAACCGUUUCAGUCACCUACCUCGAUGAAUGCAUAUCACACCGUAUUUUCUUGCUUACGUCUGGUUACCAUUCUACUCAUGGUUGCUUUUGUGCCGGGUCUCGGCGUCACUGAGGGGACAAAGGGGUGGAUCGGCUAUGCUAUCCUCAUCGUGCACGGUUGUGUCCUCAUUUUCGGUUUCCUAUUGAGUGCGCUACAGACGAUUCUCGAGGUCGUUGCCCGCAUGAUGGGUGCUGGCCGGGACAGUACCGUUGGUUCUACCAGAGGAGGACUGUCAAAGAUUUUUGGCGUGAGGCAGCUCAACAAGCGCGAGUCGCAUCGACCAAUUCCAUCGAGAACCAGCCAGCUUUCCACUACAGCCAUGAUUGAUGUCGAAAAGGCGAACCGCGCAGGAUAUAUGCCGGCCAAUGCACGAGUUCGAAGCAGCUCUGGAGGGAGCCUAGGCACCAUCAUGGCUGCACAGAGACAUCGCAGCAGCUCCGCUCUCGAUAGUGUCGACAUGUACUCACACGCACACAGGCCUGCAGAAAGUCCAGCUUCCUACCUACCUGGAACGCCUGGCGAGACAAGCACGUUUUCUUUUCUCGCUUCUUCCAAUACCGCCACUCGACCUAGCCAUCCCCCUCCUGGCCACGUUCCAACACUCGCUGCUCUAGAAGCUGCUGACCCAUACUACCGACCACCUCGCAGACGUCGGUCAACCAACGAGAACUCGCCGCAAGAACCAAGCACGGGGCGGUUUACCCCUGACCAACCCGGCCUUUUGCAGCCGCACGGCCAACCGGGUGAGUCUGGCGACAAUGCUCCUGAUAUCUCGCGCGGUGCCACGCCUGUAGCCCCUGGAACAGGACUAGGCCUGCCGGGCACCGCCAGUGCCGCUUUGAAUGCUGUACCAAAUAGACCGGAUUAUUCAACCCGUGAAGUCGAUUUCUACUAUGGUGUUCGUGGCCCAGCUCUCAACUCUGAUGGCCUUGGUCGCAAGCUUGGCACUGGGCCCGCUGAUCCCACUGGCCCCGUUGCCACUGCUACGAGCUGGUUCCGUAACCUCAUGGGUGGUAAGAGUAAAGAUAAGAGCAAGGGGUUUGAAGUCGUUCGCAGCUCGAGGAUGCCGCCCUCCAUGGCCCGCAACGCCGGCUUUGGUGACGAAACGCCACCUGAGGGCAUCCCUGUCGCUCUCGGUGUGCUAAGGAACGGCCCCAUCGACGAUGAGGAUGAGGAUGACAACCUACAGCCCAACCGCGCACCUAAGCCAAGCACCGCACUGCUCAGCACGGGAGGCGAGCCCCACGACUCUGACGAUGAACAACCGUCACACGAGCCUGGCGAGCCGGAACCUGUUAGCCCCAUGACCAGCGAUGACGAAGAUGACGACGGUACCCAGCACUCUACAUACUACGAUGCACCGGACAUUCCUCGCAAGAGCUCGAAGCGAGAUUCAGCCAACUUGUCACACCGCCACCUGCCGUCCCUCAGCAUCGUGGACUCGCAGGAUGCCAGGCUGUCAUCCAAUCCUAGAGACGACAGGUCUGAACGGGCUAAUAAACAUGCUAACUCGCUCACGAUUGACCCGCCAAAGCUGCCCAACCUGCCAUUCGAGCGCACAAAGUCUCAAAAGCGGCUGUCGUCCAUGUCAUCGAUGUCGUUGUGCGAAGAUUUUACGACCGUCGACUUGGGCGAGCUGGCCAACGAGCGGCCUGUCAGCUACGGCAUGGUGUCGCAGCAUGCGAUUAGCAGAGUCGAUCCAGAGCACCCGCGGGUUACGCUGCACAGCAGCUCAGCGGAACUUGUGGAUGAGAAUGGCGUUCCCAAGAUACAUCAGUAG